AUGGAGCCCCUAGCGAACCUCGAUCAAUUCAUCGAGAAAUGCGGCACAACUGAAAUCCAAGCAUUUCUUCAGCUCGUCCAAGACAGGUUUCUCGAAGCACAAAAACAAAAAGAGGCGCGAUUACUCAAGAUAAUCGACAAUUUCUACGAUGAAAUCCUUGGUUUUGUUAAGCAACGAAGGCGCCAGUUGAAGAAGCAUGCAGUGGCCGCCAUUCAAACGCUGAGAGACCGUCACAAACUGUCAAAAGACGAACUGGCUUUGCACCUCGAGAAAAUUAGAUCUCGAAAGAGAGUGCUGCUCGAUUUCUUUCGCGAUGAAGCCGCGAAACUCACUGAGUUGGAGAAACGGUCUGCGAAAGCCGUCGCGAUGUUCAGCUCGAAACGCGAGGAGUUAGCCGGGUUGCACAGAAAGCAGCUAGAGAGCUUCAAACGUAGCGCGUUGAGACGCUUGGAGCAGGCAAGAGUUGCUAGUAUCCAAGCAGCGCAAGAAUCCCCUUGCUGGGAUGAGAGGAUGGACGAAGUUGUUGGCCGGCUCAUGCUGUUGCGCCUGUCUCUGCAAACGAAAGCUCCCACGGAUGCCGCUGUUUUUUAG